CCCAAAUGCUUCGACAGUACAGGUAGUGUAUACAGGAACAGGAAAUACCAACCACACCAGCCAUGUACCUCCACCACAACGACAACGAAGAUGACCACGACCGCGACACCAGAUUCACCACCACCUCUCUCGCCGGCCAAAAACGCAAACGAGCCUGCUCCACCAACAUUCUCCCCACUCCCCAGGCAAAACAUCCCUAUCUCUCCGGCAACUUCGCGCCCAUCCAACAGACACUUCCCCUGACGCCGUGCGCUUUCACAGGCCGCAUUCCCGAGGAAUUGGCCGAUGGAGAGUACGUCCGCAAUGGCAGUAAUCCCGUCUCCAACGAAGAUUUGGGCCGCGACUCGCACUGGUUUGAUGGCGAUGGAAUGUUAUCCGGCGUGUCAUUUACGAGGGACGAGCAGACCGGUGCGGUGCAGCCGGAGUUUGUCAAUCAGUUUGUUUUGACGGAUUUGUAUUUGAAUACGUUGGGGAGUGAGAGGUUGCGAGUGCCGAUUUUGCCGAGUAUUGCUACACUUGUGAGUCCUGUGGCGAGUUUUGUGUGGGUCACGUUGCGGAUUUUGAGGACAAUUGUGUUGGUUGUGUUGUCGCAUUUGCCUGGCUCGAGGCAGAAGAUUAAGAAGAUUUCUGUGGCGAAUACAAAUGUGGUUUUUCAUGAUGGGAGGGCUUUGGCGACUUGUGAGAGUGGGCCGCCUAUGAGGAUACAGUUGCCUGGAUUGGAGACGGUGGGGUGGUAUAAUGGCGCUUCUGCAGAGGGUGAAAUGGUGGAUGGUGUGGAGGGGAAAGAGAAGGAGAAGGUGUUGGGAGAGGAUGGGGGUUUGCUCAGCUUCAUGCGCGAGUGGACUACUGCUCAUCCCAAGGUCGAUCCCGUGUCGAAAGAGAUGCUGCUAUACCAUGCGAGCUUCGCACCUCCGUACGUGCAGUACAGUGUGAUUCCCCAGACACCUGCUGCGGGCAUGGCGCGAAGUCAGAAGCUGUUGAACGUGGGAGUUCCGAAAGUGUCGGGUGCGAAGAUGAUGCACGACUUUGGUGUGUCGUCUGGCCAUACUGUCAUUAUGGAUCUGCCUCUCACGUUGGAUCCGAUCAACCAGUUGAAAGGUCUGCCCACUGUGCACUACGACUCGAGCAAGCCUUCACGCUUUGGCAUCUUCCCACGACACUCGCCUGAGCUGACCAAGUGGUUCGAGACCGACGGCUGCUGCAUCUUCCACACAGCUAACUCGUGGGACUCUGUUAACUCUCUUGGUCACGUCUCCUCGGUCAAUAUGCUUGCCUGCCGUCUCACAUCAGCGACUCUCAUAUACGCCGCUGGAAACAUGAAACCUCCGCCCGUGAAGCCCUUGGUAUCUGUCACCAGCAAGAAGAACAAGCGAAUGCCGUUCUUCAGCAAAUACGAUCCAGGGACCGAUCACACCAACUUUGAUCCCACCGAACCCAUGAGCGAGAAAGAACCUCUUCUCCGCAUCGGGGAACGGUAUACCUCCAUUUAUGAAGAUGAGAGAGAUCCUCUCGCCGAGGACCAAUGUCGACUCUACUACUACUCCUUCGACCUGGCAACUACCUCGAUCACACAUCAAUGGGCACUCAGCGCCGUCCCUUUCGAAUUCCCUUCCGUCCAUCCCACUCGCGAAAUGCAAGAAGCACGUUACGUGUACGGUUGCUCCACAACCACUACGGAUUUUGGCGCCGCACUCGGCAAAGCGACCAAGAUUGACGCCAUUGUGAAAAUCGACGCCCACAGUCUCAUCGCGCGCGGCCGCGCCAGUCCUCCCAAAAGUGUCACCGGCGUCGUCGACAGCCGCACCAUGGCCCAAGUCCUCGAAAGUUCCGAUCCUCAAGACCCGAUUCAAGUCUUUCGCAUGCCACCUGGUUGGUACGCGCAAGAACCCCGAUUCGUUCCCGCUGCCUCGAGCCACUCUCGUGAAGAAGACGAAGAAGAAGAAGAAGAAGAAGAAGAAGAAGACAACGGCUACCUCCUCUUCUACGCCUUUGACGAAACGCAAUUGACCGCCGCAGGAGACGUUCCCCCGGACGACGACUCUACUCGUCGCGCCACAUCAGAAUUAUGGAUCGUCAAUGCGAAAAAUAUGACUGAAGUGAUUGGUCGCGUGCAACUUCCGCAGAGAGUCCCUUAUGGAUUACAUGGUUGUUGGUUCUCGGCUGAGCAGAUUCAAAGUCAGAGACCGGUGGAGUGUAUUCGGACGACGGUGAAGGCGUUGGAGGAGAGGGAGAGUCGUGGGUUGUGGAUGGGUGUAAGGGAUUUGGUGGAGAGGUGGGUUGGGUGAUGAUUGUCAAUAAUAAGUAAUUUACGGAUCUUGAGGAGGAUAUGAUGGCAAUGAGGUUGAGGAAGUGGAUGGGGAUGAUGAUGGUGAUGAUGAUAAUGGUAAUGAGGAAUAGGUAGGCGUUAUAUGGCUACCCGUGAAAGAGGGGGACGGGUUUGCACAGAUACCUACCUACUACCGUGCAGACAGACAGACGUCUUUCGAAAUGAAACAGC